UGAAUGGUUUACAACUGGAAUAUAUAGCACAUCCUGUUGUGUCAACUGUCCAUCUGAGUGACACAAUAUGUCACAUGUCACGGUUAUCAUACACUCAGUAGUCUUCCUAGCUGUAGCCCUCUGUGUGUCAGAAGGUCUUCUGCGUUGCAGCCAAGUGCUGCUAUCUCCGCAGCCAAAAUUCCAGUUAGUACGGACUUGCUCUCUUUCCCAGGCUGCCGUGAUCGCUAGUGGCAGGUUGGCCACCUUCGCAGACUGUGAGCGCUUAGCAGCCACCCAAAGAGGGCUGGCUCUCAACUUUGUGGAUCCUAAUGACUUAGAAGAUGAAAAUCAGGAUACCUGCCUCAUAUAUGACUGCCCUGAAUUUGAUCCAUCACUUCUUCAUGAAGACAUAGAUUAUGAUUACUACAGCAUAUAUACUGAUAUUGAUCUGGAAAUCAAUGUGACCUGUGUACCUAUGGUGGGGUUAUUCCAUCUUAACUCCAAGCCAGCCAACUUUUCUGAGGCACUAUCCACGUGUGAAUGGUUUGGUGGACAGCUGGCUAGUGUAACCUCUUCAGAACGUACCAAUCACUUAUCAGCCCUGGUAGCUUCCUUGGGCCGGUCCAAAAGCUUGCACUUUGCUUACGUUGGCAUGCAUGAUCAAGAACAAGAAGGCUUUUUUGUUACUGUUGCAGAUGAGCCUCUGAACUGUUUCCACUUCCGAGGGUGGGCACCAGGUCACCCCCGUGCACGUCGACCUGUCGAGGACUGUGUGGUGCUAGACUCCCGUCGAAGUUGGCGUGUCGUCGACUGCAGGAUCAAGCUGCCCUUCCUCUGCGAGCUGGAAGUCAUUACACCAGACCCAUGUCUCCAUGUCAGGAGCAACAAAUGGAAGCAGAAAUGCCAGGCUGAAGCAGAUUUUAACAGGGAGAAGCAAAGGAUGAACUUCCAGAAAUGUUCCCAUCAGUACAUGGAUAUGGAAUAAACUUUUUU